AUAAUUUUUCAAGACAGAGUCUAGAAACACUGAUACACAUUUACAUUGUAUAAGUUACUGUACAUAUCCUAGAUUAAUUCCCUUUGUAACAAUAUCUGGGCUUUUGAUCAGAAACAAAAGUCCAAAGUCAAAAAACUAAACCAUGAAAGAAAAGGACGAUGAAGGACCACAAAGCCAUUCAACAUGGGAAAUAAUGCAUAAAACAUUUGUUGCUGCUGAUCUAAGUUUGUCAAAGUCACUUGCUGUGAAUGCAAAAGGAGGACGGCUUCGUCCUAUAAUGCAAAUAUUGGAACUUUCAUGCCAUGGAAUACCAUGGAUAGCUUUUACUUUAUACGUACUUUACAACACUCGAAAUUACAUGUACGAAGAAGUGUUUUUUAACCUUCUAAUUGCGUUAUUAAUGGACCUUAUCAUCGUCGGAACUAUAAAACUUAUAGCACGAAGACGCCGACCGGCUUAUAACAAAAACGAUAUGUUUGCUACUGUAUCUGUAGAUAAUUUCUCGUUUCCCUCUGGCCAUGCCACCCGUGCUUACUUAGUUACUUGGUUCAUUCUGUAUCAUAUCAAACUAGCUAUCCCUCUACGAGCUCUGUUACAAGUUUGGUGCCAUGUUGUUGGAAUAUCAAGAGUUAUACUUGGUAGACAUCACAUUACUGAUGUUAUAGCAGGGUUUAUAAUUGGUUACUUUGAAUUUGUGUUAAUUGAAAAAUUUUGGAUCAGCUAUGAAAACUGCAAUUUUAUUUUGAGUUUUAUCAAGUGAUUAAUUUAUUUUUAUGUUCUCUAUUUGGUUAAAGUAUACUUCAGCACAAGCCUAAUGUUAUCCAAAUGAGAUUAUUCUGCUCGGUCAUGCUUGUUUUUUUCCUAGCAGUGAUUCUAGAAUGAAUUUUAGUGAUUAUGCUAAACCUCAUCCCUAACUAAUGAAUACCAAUGUUGGGUAAAAGUGCCUGAACCCUGAAUCACAGGUCAUUGGUGUGUCUUCAUCUAAUCUAAUUCCGAAAUUGAUUCAAUCAUAGAGCUACAUAAGUCUUACUUGCAGUUAAUUGAAUAUGAGACCAAGUCAGUUCAUUCAGACCAGUGGUUCCCAAACCACGGCCCGCAUAACGAUUUAAUAUGGCCCGCCAAACUUCAAUGAAAUAGUUCAACUUUUAAUGUGUCUCUAGAUGGCGCAGAUUGUGUAUUCGUACAUGUAUGUACAUUCUUAACAAUUCAAUUAUAUUUGAAUAUACGUAUCGGUAUUAGGAUUACGCAUAGGUCAUGCCCAUACGGGCUUUCCCUUCUUCCGGCCUGCAAAUGUUCUUACAUUUCUAAUUUUGGCUUCUGAAGGCUCCCCAAUUUGAAUGAGAUUAUUCUGGCCUGUCAUACUUCAUUGAUUUUUAGUAACAGUUAAUUCUGCUGCUUCAGCUGCUUGUAUUUUCUAUUUUCUUAUAAAUAUAUUUGAUUACUAUAAAAUGUUUGUUGAUUACUAUAGAUGAAAUGUUGGUCUUCUUCAUGCAGAUUUUAUGUUCAAUUUUUCAUAUUCUGAUAAUAUUAUCUAACUGUGAUAUUUAGAAUCUCUUGAGAUUUUUAGGGGCAAAGUAAACCUGUUAAUUGUUUAGAAUAUUCUUGUUGUGUGUGAAAAUCACUUUCAAAUAUUCAGGGGUAAAAAUCGAAGUGUGUUUUUAUAGGCUAUCAAUUUUAUCUGCUUUCUUACUUUCGCUGAGCUCUUAAGAGCCCUUGUUUGUCUCAUCAUAUUUGGGCAUUGCUUCUGGAAGAUUUUACUGUCCGAAUAUACAGGGUAUCCAAAAAUUUCGCCCGAUUUUAUAGUAAUAAUAAUUGUAAGUUUGAGUAAAUUUUAUUGUAUGGUAAAUAAGAACUACAAGCAUAAUGAGAGCUAUUAAUAAACAAAGACAAAGAAAUUUUUGAUUGUUAUUACUAUAAAAUCAGGAAAAAUUUUUGGACAUUAUGUGUAUUAUUAGUUACCGUAGUUAUGUAGCCAUAUUAUAUACUUUUAAUUUGUUUUCUAAUUCCAAUCAGUAAAUUUCUUGUAGUCAAAUAAUUUAUUAAUUUCGAACUCUGCAUUAUCAUCUUUAUCAAACUUUUUUUCAG